AUGAGCCAAGUUAUCUCUGUGGCCGAAGAGCCUUGGAUCAACGAUAUCCUCUUAGGAGUCUACGACAUCAUGCUGGAGAAGAUCAGAAACCGCCCUGUUGAGGUGCAGUACCAGGCCAUAAUUACUCUGCGCGACGCAGCCGCCACCAUAGCCAGUAACAUCGCCAAAUCCAACUCUGGUCUUGUCUCAAUGACUAAAUCAUCGUCCGAAAAGGAGCCUGCCGACUUCGCCGCGGACGUUGAGGCCUCUGACUUGACGACCAGCGUCAACGACUACUAUGACACCAAUAAGGCGCCGGUAAACGGCAUGAUCCCUGGAAGCAUGGUUCCGAUGCUUGGCAACACCUGGACAGCAUACCGAAGAGCCGCUUCGUUAAGGCAUACUGCGGGGUUGACUCUGUGA